UCCCUCCUCGCUUGGCUUCUUCCCUCGUUUUCCUCAACUCACUCUCUCUCUCUCUUCCCGCUUUUUUAAUCCUUUGUUUUCUUUUCUGAAUUAGAUCUCAAUUCAUUCAAUUCCAUUCACCACCGCAAUCCUUCCAAUUUGCCAAUUCCAAUUCCGAUUCCUCUCUUUCUCUCCCUCAGAAACCCCCAAAAACUCUCACGAAGAAGGGCUUCCUUCUUGAUUCAUUGAUCCUUCUCGAAUUUCCAGCUUUGAAGUUCACUCGAUUCCAAUUUUCCACUUCGCCAACUCCGAAUCUGCCGCCGGAGUAGAUCAUGCAACAACAACAACAGCAACCGCCUCUGAAGCGCCAACUGCCCUUCACGUCGGCCAAGCCGCCAUUUGGGGACUACCACCGGUUUUCGGCAUCCGUAGCCGCCGAUGAAACUGAGGGUAUUCUUGUUAAAUCUCCGCCACUGAAGCGGAAGAGUGGAGCAGUGCACUCUGAAGUUGAAUCUAAUGAGCAAAAUCCUAGUGCUGGAUUUACCAAAGUUGUUAGUGGUCCCCUUCAAACACCUGUAUCAGGAAAGAGGGGAAAGGCACAAAAAGCACCAAGGAUUGCAAAGUGCAAUAGAUCUGGAUUUCAAACUCCUGUCUCUAAUGCUGGUUCUCCUUCAGGCAAUAAUCUCACUCCAGCUAGUACCUGUCGCUAUGAUAGCUCCCUUGGUCUACUUACAAAAAAGUUUAUCAAUCUGAUCAAACAUGCUGAAGAUGGUAUCCUUGAUCUAAAUAGAGCUGCUGACACUUUGGAGGUACAGAAGAGGAGGAUAUAUGAUAUAACAAAUGUCCUAGAAGGGAUUGGUCUCAUUGAAAAGAAGCUUAAGAAUAGAAUUCAAUGGAAGGGACUUGAUGCGUCCAGGCCAGGGGAGGUUGAUGAGAAUGCUUCUACCAUUCAGGCAGAAGUUGAGGACCUUUCUAUUGAGGAGCGCAAAUAUGAUGAACAAAUAAGAGAAAUGCAGGAAAGGUUGAGGGAGAUGAGUGAAAAUGAAAACAAUCAGAAGUGGCUGUUUGUGACUGAAGAUGAUAUCAAAAGCUUACCCUGCUUCCAGAGUGAAACCCUGAUUGCGAUCAAAGCUCCACAUGGCACCACUCUGGAAGUCCCAGAUCCCGAUGAGGCUGUUGACUACCCUCAGAGGAGAUACAGAAUAAUGCUAAGGAGCACCAUGGGGCCAAUAGAUCUUUACCUUGUCAGUCAAUUUGAUGAGAAGUUUGAAGAGAUAACUGGUCCUGAGGUAUCACCAAGCGUUCCUUCAACAUCAGGGUUCAACGAAAACCCAGCCAUUCCAAUGGUAGCUGAAGAAAACAUACGAAAUGAGACUGAAACACAGGGACAAGAAUCCUAUAGAAUGUUCUCAGAUGUAAAUGCUUCACAGGACUUUGUGAGUGGGAUCAUGAAGAUAGUACCAGAAGUUGAAAGUGAUGCAGAUUACUGGCUCCUAUCAGAUGCUGAUGUUAGCAUCACAGACAUGUGGGCAGAUUCACAGGUGGGGUUGAAUGGAACGAAUUGGGUGCGCUUCAAGAUGACCACGCAACAGCGAAUGUCAGCACACCUCAACCCCAAACCACACCUUCAACUACAACAGAAGUGCCAUCUGCUGUAAACACCACCGGCGGAUGACAGGGAUUGAGUAGUUAUCAAUCCAUGCCAUGAGAAUGCAUAAUAAUCAUCACUUCCAUUUUAUGCUCAUUCAGUCAUGGAGUCCAUUGGAUUUGAGCUCUGCAUUCCUGGAUUAGAAGCCAUGCCCGGAGACGAACAGCCGCCUCACUGUAUAGUAGUAGAUUAAUAGGCUUGCAAAUUUUGAGUACAUCGGGGAUAGUUAUGAAUAAAUAGGGGUAAUGUUCUUAUUAGGAGUGUGCUCCCGUAUAUUGUUUUAUUUCUCUUUGCUGGAAUGCCUUCAUUAGCAUUAAUUCCAGUUGUUGUACAAAGUAAUUAAGGAAAUCAGAGUCAUGUACCAUUGGUUUUGCAUAUCUAUUGAUAGUAAUAUAAUAAGAGUUUAGGGUUUAAGGUCCCAUGGUC